AUGCUGAAUUUCUGUUCUGGAGGUUUCUGUGCUUACGCGUGUUCGGUCUCUACUCUGCAGCUGUGGCUGACGUUCGCUCCUGUGGCUGAUAAGACAGCUGCCUACUUCCACAUUUCCCUGGAGACAGUCAACUGGCUCUCAAUAGUGUACCUCCUCAUCUCCAUCCCGUUUGGUCUGGUGGCAACGUGGGUUCUCGACAGCGUGGGGCUCCGGUGUGCUGUGAUCCUGAGUGCAUGGCUGAACAUGAUGGGUAGCAUCACCCGGAUGUUCAGCGUCCUGAAGUUCCUGAGCUUGGGUUCCCGGAGUUACUGGUACCUGUUUAUUGGGCAAUGCCUCUGUGCACUGGCGCAGCCUCUUAUCAUCUUUUCACCAACAAAGCUGGCAGCACUGUGGUUCCCAGACCACCAGAGAGCGACAGCAAAUAUGAUUGCAUCAAUGGCCAAUCCCUUAGGCAUUCUUAUAGCAAACUUGUUGUCACCUGCACUAGUUCCUGAAGGAAAGCACAUUCCACUGAUGCUGGGUGUUUAUGCUGUCCCAGCAGUAACUGCCUGUGCCCUGGCAACACUGGGGAUUCACGAGAAGGUUCCUCCCACGCCUCCUUCAGCCAGUGCCACUAACUCCAACUCACAGCCAUUCUUCACGGGGCUCAAAAUGCUCCUGAGAAACAAGCCAUACAUCAUCCUGGCAGUGUGCUUUGGAGGAGGAAUUGGGAUGUUCACCUGCUUUUCAGCCCUGCUAGAACAGAUCCUUUGUGAAAAGGGGUAUUCAAAUAAUUUUGCUGGCCUGACUGGUGCCCUGUUCACAGUGUGUGGUUUGUUGGGUGCUUUCCUACUAGGCAUGUAUGUUGACCGGACAAGGAAGUUCAUAGAGUCCACCAAGAUCUGUUUCUGUCUGAGUGCACUUGCCAGCAUUGUGUUUGCAGUGGCUUCUCGGUUCAGACAUCAGGCCGUCAUGUUGGCCAUCACCAGCUCACUCUUUGGCUUCUUCGGUUUUGCCAUCUACCCCAUUGCCAUGGAGCUGGCUGUGGAGUGCUCCUACCCCGUGGGAGAGGGCACGUCUACAGGCCUGAUUUUUGUUGCAAGCCAGGUUGAAGGUGUGAUUUUGAUGAUUCUGCUACAAGCCCUCACUGUCCGUGUUUCUGAGGAUCCCUUCUCCACCUGUGCCCUUGACCAGGAUGGAGCCUUGGACUGGACAACUCCGGUGCUGGUGCUGGCUGGCCUCUGCAGUGCUAUGGCUUGUUGCUACGUCAUCUUCUUCCACACGGACUACAAGCGACUCCAUGCUGAAACGAUCGGUGGUGAUUUGGUCAAGGCAGAAGAUACAGCAACAGCAGAUGUUCCUGAAUCCUAAGCAGGCCAAAAAGGGGAUGCUGAGGACCAAGGGCUUGGACCUGUGGGCAUGGACCAAUGCUCAUCUGGCACACUGGGAUAUCUGUUGCACAACAAGCAAGACUAGAGCAAAGGGCACCUUUGCUGUGCACCCCUCAAUCUUGCAUUUAUUUGGGGAUCUGGGCUGAAAGAAAUGCUGUCCUGACAGAAAGGUCAAAGUGGGACUGGACAACUAUGCAUGUAACUGAAAUUUUUAUCUGACUUGAUUCAAGCUAAAGAAAUGUUGCAGAGGAGGGGAGCAUCAUAUUUCAGCCACUUUUUUGUUUUCAUAUACUUGGAUCAAGGGUGAAGGUUUCAGAGGGAUGGGAGCUGUGCCUACCACAAACCCAGUGGAAAACUUCUGUUUAAGGACUGUGGUUCUUGUGCAGCAUAACAACUCUUCUACUCUGAGGUUGGAUCUGAUCGUGUCUCAGCUAAAAGACAGUAGGAGCCAGAGCAUCCUUUCGUUUCAGCAGGGAAGUGAAAGUAUGUGAUCUGUAAUACAAGUCUGUUACAAUGAGCCACUUUGUCUUAUCCUACAGACAGGAGAAGAAAAGCCUUGCCUGCAGUGGUGCCUGUAAAAGAAAAUACCAGCAAGCAGCAGGAGUUAAAUAUGGCAACAUUCCUCACCCAUCUGGUUCCCUGCCAGGUGCUGAGACAUUCAGGUUAAGCUUGUUUCACUUGGGCUUCUGUUUCUCCUCCUCUCCUGCAAUUUCAGUGGUUCAAGUUUUCCACAAGAAGACAAACCUACCUGCUGGUGUAAUAUUAGGGUAGUGUGACACUGUCCUAUGGAGGAAAACUGAGAGGGCAGCUCACUGUUAGGGCAAUGACACAACAGGGCCUGCUGUGGUGAAAACUGGCAGAAGAACUGGCAAAGGUGACCUCUUAGAGAGUGCAGGGACUUGUCAUAAGUUUCUACAGGUAUUAGGGGCUCUGGAGGGAAGACCAAGUGAGAAACAACAUCAACAAACACCUUCCAGUUCUCUCUGCAACUGACAAGUGUUCAUCAGUGUUAUAAGAGAUGGGGAGUAACACAAAAGAUCCCAUUUGGAGUUCAGUUACGCUAGCAAUUACUAUGGGUAAAACUGGAUUUUUCCUCUUACAGUACUUCCACUGCAGUCUGGUGUCCUGUUUUGGUGUUCAGGUCUACGUGUACAACCUGAGAAAUUUUUUCCUUAUAACAUUUAGGUGGUAAAAAAAUUUAGAUAGUUGGGAUUUCAUAGUGCUUCAUACCAUGCGCAUUGCAAAGGAAUAUCAGUACUUGCUGAUUAAGGGAUCUUGAUGCAAAUUGGAUCUGUGACUAGCUUUGUUCAGUCCAGCUAAAGGAUGAUCCCAAUGCCAAGGAUGCACUUUCCCUGAGAAGCACUGUACAAAGGAGAUGUCUCAGUGCCUGAAUUCUCUUCCCCAUUAGAAACUGGAAAGCUCUCCCUUUGUGAAACACCCAUCUGCAAUCUGCAUCCUACUAGGGAGCCUGCUCGUUCCUACAGCUCCAGCCUUGAUCUCACCAGUAAGCACUGAUGUUUUCCAAAAGGAGAAGGAAGGAAUUCUGAAACCGAAGUGAAACAAAAUUGUUUAAACCUCUCAGAGGAAUGAGAUUAGCUGUCUUUUGCAAAACUAGCUGCACUCCUGCAACUAACAAGCCAAACACAUCAACACCAAAUUUACCUGCCACUUCUGAGUUCUACUGUACUGGGAAGCAAGAAGCACUUGGUACUUUAUAAUUUUAUAUAUUUACAAAUGUUUAUGUUUUUUAAUAAAGGGUGGU